ACUAAAUCAAAUCAUUAAAAAUCAGUGUAUUUGUAUUUAAAAAGAUGGAUUUAAUGAGAAUGUGAAUGUCAUGCUGUUACAGAUUAUCUACUUAGUUUCAGCAUCAUUUUGUAAAGAAGUUUGCUUUGUGAUAACAGAUCUUAAAUUGACUGAGAUUGAUUGUGGUCUGAGGUUGGUACAUUUUUGAGAGAUUUAGGACCAAAAACAGAAAGAGACAGAGAUAGUUACAAUUACAACUCCCAGUCUCUCCUUACACUGCUGCAUUAUGUUCAUUAAUUCAGUAUUUAAUUUUGCUUUUGCAGAAGGACAGCCUGUCUUGUCCUCCACACCGCUACAGAUCCUGUUUCACUUGAACGGCUGGUAUUUUGCAGCUUUCUUCAUCGCUGAGAUUCUUAUGUUUAUCUACAAAGGGGUGAUCCUCCCUUACCCACAAGCCAAUCUGAUAUUGGAUGUUGUCCUGCUGCUCCUCUUCUUGGGCCUGGAAACCCUCAGACUCUUCUAUGGCUGGAAGGGGAACCUGUGCCAGCGCUCUCUGGCUCUGUUUGUGAGUGUUGCAGUUCUGGUGCCCUGUGCGGUGCUGAGCGUCUACUACCUUCUGCUGCAGACCUUUGUGUUGCGGCUGGAGUUUGUGCUCAAUGCUGUGCUGCUCUGCUUCUACAGCUUUGAGCUGGUUCUGGGGAUCAUAACCAUUUCGGUUUUUUCAAGGGCCAACAUUUAUUAAUUCCAUCUGCUUUUUUGACGUCAGACUGAAAACACUGAACGGAAUAAGCUCGCAGUCUUUCAGAUUGAGAGCUGUCAAGAUUUGCAACACAUUGAAGUUACAUUAAACACAUUUUUUUUUUGUACAGUUUUUCAAACAAAUAUAUUAAGCACCUUUAUUAAGUUGAUCUUGAGCUGUAUUAAACGCUAUUUUCAGUGUACACAGAAUUUUAUAAAUAAUGCGUUUUUAAUUGCUAUGUAAAUGUAUUUAUGUAAAUAAAGUUUGCCAUUGUUAAAUGGUAGAGUGAAA